ACCUCUUGCCAACAACAAAUAAUUCGUCAGUACAUGUUGAUAAAUCUGAAGAAACAUUUGUGUAAAAUGAAUCGAUUUCUGUUAAUUUUAUUCGGUGUGAUUUUUGUUACUUCCAUAGCGGAGUGUUAUAGAACUCACCACUCCCGACAUGACAGCAGUAAUGAGAUCGUAAUAGUACGAGGUGCUGCAAUAAAAUGUCAAGAUGAUGACUCCUCUUCAUCAUCAUCAUCGUCAUCAUCGUCGUCGUCGUCUGAAGAAGGAAAUGAUUGUAACAAGAAUCGAAACGAUAAAAGCUCUUCAUCUUCUUCGUCGUCAUCGUCUUCCUCUUCAUCCUCAUCGUCUGAAGAAGACACAAGGGAAUCGCAUCAUGAUCGCAAGAAGGCCAAGCAUUUUAAGUGCAGCACCUGUUAAUUAUGAUGGUCCGCUUCGAUGAUGAACAGCUGAUGAUAAUAUAAGGAAUAUAAAUUUACUUGAACUCCCUCGACCUAUAUAAGCCGGCAUGAAGAAGUAAAGACUGUCUAUAUUAUAUAUUUUAAAUAAAAUUGUUUCCAACUAUAAAUUGCAUUUGAUAAAUUAGUAUAGAAAAAGUAGGAUAUCCAAUUACUAAGAGAAUAAAAGAUAUAUUAUA